AUGUGUACGUGCCACGAGGGGACAGACACGGGCGUGCCCUGUACCAACUGUGUGUGUGAGCACCAGAACAGCGAUGUCACCAACCUAUGUGCAUCUGUCAUCUGCCCCACAUCCCUCAUCCAGCCUUCCUGCCUGGAUGAUGGUACAACAGUUGUCAGUGCAUGCACAGUGGAUGCCGUGGUUUUCGAGGGGCUAAGGCCACUGGAAAAUCGGUUGGAUGACCCUGACACUCCUACUCAGAUUACUGUGGAGACUGUUCCUGCUCUUGUGAUGGAUGCAGAAGACUUCACCAUCCCUGCUGACACAGUCAGCAGCGGUGUCCUCCUACUUGAGCUCCAAGUGACGGUGACAGAGACAUCAGGAGUUCUGCACACCUACAUGGAGCAGACCUGGCUGGAGGCAGUAGAAGAAGCCCUGGUCGCUCACAUUGUCGGGGGGACCAGACGUAUGGUACACUUCGACGACUACACAGUGGACGCCUGGUACUCCUGGGACCCUGAGGGCAACCUGGGUAUCCUCGACUUCAACUACGCAUGGACCUACGAAAUUCUGCAGCUACCAACAGCUGUGACGUCAGAUGCUUGCACCAGCUACACAUCCUUGACUGAUGAUUGGCGAGACCUCGCCACUGUCUUUGACCAUCUUACACCAGGUACAGAACACUGUGAUGGAAAUGAAAAUGCCAAUGGGGGUCCCUUCACAUGGACAGCCGGUUGGUAUCGUUUUGAAGGGGCGGCAGGUAACCACCUGGCUAACACACCUCCAGGCUCCAAUUAUCGAUGCGGCACACGUGCAGGAGUGUGGAUGGACGGCCCCCAGCCUGCACUGUCAGAGGGUCCAGUGUGCAGAACAGCAUGUGCUGAAUGGAACGGCGACACCUGUGCCUUUACCUGGAGGAUAUUGGCCAUGGCUUGUUCCGGAUUCUACGUCUACUACCUUCGUCCAGUGGCUUUCUGCCAUUUGGGCUACUGCACGGUGACAAUCCCAAUCAACAUUGAAGCUUCCCCUGCACAGCCCACUCCCAUAGGGGACUAUGUCUGUGACUUCACCGACGGUGCUGCUGGUCAGCCCCACCUGUAUGGUGCUCCGGGAGCCAUCAUCAAACACACGGUGGAGAUCUCCUACCCAGGGCGCCUGCCUGGAACCCACUCCAUCAUCACAGAACUCGUACCUCCAGGGAUCGACUUGUUCAUCUUGUAA